AUGUUCAAGAAGUUUACUAAAGAAGACGUUCAUUCUCGCUCCAACAUCAAGUCUUCAGCCCAGAGAGGCUUGAAGACCAAGUUUGUAGACCAGUUCGAAGACUUGGAACCUGUCAUAGACAACAUCAUACCGAAGAAAUCCCAAGCCAUCUUGAUCAAGUGUGAAGAUAAAAUCCAAUUGUACUCUGUUGAAAACGAAGUAGUUUUGUUCCAGCACUUCGACGACUUGAUCCCUACUCUCAAGAUUGUUCAUAAAUACCCUCAAUGCUUCCCAAGAGUCCAAGUCGACCGUGGAGCCAUCAAGUUUGUAUUGUCUGGUGCCAAUAUCAUGUGUCCCGGUUUGACUAGUGCUGGUGCCAAAUUGCCUGAAGAGAAUUUAGAAGUCGAUACCAUAGUAACCAUCUAUGCUGAAGGUAAGGAAAACGCUUUGGCUGUAGGCAAAUUGGUGAUGAGCACUGAUGAAAUCAAAUCCAAGAACAAGGGUAUUGGUAUUGAGCUUUUGCAUUACUUGGGUGACGGUUUAUGGACUCUUUCUGAGUGA